UUCUAGUUAACCGUGCAAGUAAGAAAUUGUCGAAGUGAGAGAUUUGUGUCUUGUUGCUUAUUUUAUUAAAAUAACAGUAAUCCGUGAAAAAUUAGUAAUUUCGAUGUAUAUUGGUGGUUGUGGAAUUCAUAUUAGUAUCUACUUUUAAGAUUUUAUCUGUUUCUAGACAACCGAUCCAUCGAAAACUCGACAGGAAAAAUCGAAUUCCGGUGAUAUGGCAUCAAGUGAAAAUAAUAGUGAUGAUGGAGGAAUAGCGGAUUACGACCAUAUGAUGCAGAUGGAGUACAUGAAAGAAAAAUAUCGAGAUGCGUUGGCUCAACUGAAAACAAUUUCUGGUGAGAAACUAAGAUUGGAAAGAGAAUACCAGUUACUCAAAAAAGAGCUAGAAUCAGGCAAAGGAGAUUUUUUCAAUACAUAUCAUGAAUACAAUAUGCUUAAGCAAAAAUAUGAUAAUUUAAGACUGCGUUAUGAUGAAUUCAUAAAUGAUCCGACACACUGCAUAAAAUUGUGUGAGGAGUUGAAAAAAGAACGAAACAAAUACAAAGAACUGCUCAAAGCAACCGAAAUUGAAGUUGAAACCGUGUUAUCAGAACGGGGCACAGUUUUAAAAGAAAACCAAAAAUUGUAUGAUAAAAAUGAAUGUUUAGAGCGAGAAUUGCAAACAGCCAUGAGAUUACGUGAAGAAACUAUGAAAGAAUGUGUUGCUCUUCAGGAAAAAAUAGACAUACUUCAAGGUCGUGACUUCCAUGAAAACAGUUGGAACAGAGAAAGGACGGAGAGUAAAGAAAAGUUCGAAAUGGUUGCUGAAAAUCUUGAAUCUGCUAAUAGAGAAAUUGAAAGGUUAAAAAAGGCGUUAGACAAAGCUAAAACGGAAAUAACUAAAGCAGUUCAAGAAACAGAAAUUGCCAAGGGAAGAAGAGAUUGGGCUAUAUCAGAACGAGAAAAAAUAGUACAAGAAAGAGACAGCGUUCGCAAUCUUUGUGAUGAGAUUCGAAAGGAACGAGAUACAGCAACUUCAAAAUUGCUGGCAGCAAUAAGAGAUAAAGAUGAAGCAUAUAAGGAAAUUGAACAAUUGACUGAACGCUUAGAGAAUCACAAUUUACUGAAAGAUACCAUUAACAACAACACAACUGAUGAUAUUUCUGCUAAUUCUGUUGAUAGCAGUUUUCAAAGUUCUCAUUAUAGCUCAUUUAGUCUUGAUUCAAUCUACGAUUUAGAAGCAUUGUAUCAGUAUAGCUUGGAAAUAAUUGAAAUUGACUGUACUUUGCUCCAUAACAAUGUAGCGGAAUGGGGUUUACAAGUAACUGAACAUGCAGAUGAAAUCAACAAUAUCGGCGCACAUACAAGAAUAUUGGGACUUCGGGUGACAGUUGUUGAACAAACGUCUUUGUUUGCCGGCCGGCUAUUUCCAAAUGACAUAAUUUUUCUCAUCAAUAAUAUAGAUUGUGUGAAUUUUUCAAGACGGAAAUUCUUCAAAACCAUCAAAAAUAGUGUUCCAACAUGUACAUUCACUAUAAAACGACCGAAAAAAAGAUUAAUACCUGUUCAAAUACAAUUUACCAAUGGAAACAAGAACCAUGGAUUAAACUUGGAAACUGGUAUCUAUAUAUCAAAGAUUCAGCCGGAUUCACUGUGCGCACAUGAUGGAAGGAUAGAUGUUGGGGACAGAAUAAUUUCGAUCAAUGGAAAAUCACUGGAACAUAUUAAAAACAUUAAUGAAACGAACACAACAAUUAAUGAUAUGAGAAAUAAUAGUCUCAAUCUAGUGCUGGUAAAAGAUUUAGUAGAGCCUUCAUCAUCUAAUGUGCGCAAUAUCGAUAGUUGUACUCAAACUACCAAUUCGAUAAAUAAUCUGGAAAGCUAUCGUGAUACGUUGAAUCGUCUAAGUUUAGAUCUGGACAAUAAUAAUCACUUUUUGCCCUCUACGAUGCUUUACACUAUCAAUACAACAUCUAGUACACCAAAUUCAGCUCCCGCUAGCACACCCACUUCUUCAAAAUCGGCAUCAAAACUAAGCAACAUGUUAAACAAGUUGAAAGAUAAAAUGAGUAUUAGCAAUCACAAAGAUUGUCAAGAAACCGAUGCGAUUGCCGUUUUAGAUUCUGUUUUAGACAGUGAUGAACAGGAAACAUCCAGUGCCACCAUAUAUAAUAAAUCAAAAGAAAAAAAAUCUCGGAGAAAGGCAGUCAAAGACUCUCAAGAAGUUCCUCGAGGAACAUGGCCACGUGUCACUGUGACAACUAUUCAUUCAUCAGAUCAUGUCGGCACAAUAGUUCAUCGUCCUAAAAAGGAACGGCCAAAACUUAGCAUUCCUCUUGACAAUCACGAAGCACAAAUUUAUUUCGUUCCUCCUUCUACUGACAUGCCUUCACAAGCUCCCUUACCUAUGAGUCCACAUUACAUUGCGACAAAUUUUGCUACGAUUAAUAAACGCAACUCAAGUCCAGUUGUGAAAUCAGAUGCCAGUCGCAUUUCUCAAUACCCUAAACAUGCCUACGAUUACAAUUUACAAAAAGUUCUUAGUAGUAGUGGUAAAAAUAACUAUUCGCGGGUUUCAACAAUCGAUACACGUUCGCCGAAUAAUAGACACAGUCUUAAUUUGUCAUAUAACCGUCCGCAAAUACAACAUGCACCGCAAAAAAGUCUCGGUGAUUUCAUUCCUUCUAAAAAUGUGAAUGAUUUUACGACAAUUACAUCUAAAAUGUCAUCGGGAUCUAACUAUUCUAGUAAAAGUGGGCAGAAAGAUCGAGUAGACAGUUACAUGUCUACAGCAUUUUCGAAACAACUAUCAAAAUAUUCAAGCGAUACUGAAAGUCUUGACAUGGAUCCCAAUACUAUCGGUAAUCCGCAUGCAGUCAAAACAUUGCCUUAUUCGCACAUGCGGAACCAAUCGAUGAACGAAUCUAAUGGGAUGUCUUCAAAUCGAAAUUCCUUAUCGCUCGGCGCUUCUCUCAUUAACUACCCGCUGAAUAGUUCAGCUGCAUUUCAGGGAAUAUCGAAUUUCCAAUCCUGCUCUAUUUCCAAUUCAUCCACCCCGAUCCGCCCUCCCGUAAUGCUGACACCAUCAAACGAAUUAAUUGGUCUUCCUCAAACAUCUGAUCAAUCUGCCUCUUCAAUCGAUUAUUCGUACAAUCCCUACAGUCAGUCGUCGAAAGAAGAAGUUCCAAACAGUUCAAUUAGUCACAGCUAUGAAGGCGGUACAUUUCCUAGGAACAAAGGUCAUGGAUUCCGAAUCCCUUCAAAUCAAAGUGUAACUAGUCGUGGUAGUGGAAUAAAGAUAAGUAAUGGUUCAAUAUGUAGUUCGGAAAGAGCUUCCCCUAUUCCCACUUUUCAAGUGCAGGUGCUGGAACCUGGCCGCAUUUCUACAAACAGUAAACGUAGUUCUUUACAAGACUACAAUGUUCGCUCAAAGCCGAAUAUCGGAGAACUUCGCUAUGUUCACAUUGACAAAAGUGAAAUGUCCCUGGGAAUAAAAAUAUUUUGUAGAGGUAACGGUGGAGGAGUAUUUGUUUCUAACGUUGGUGAAAACAGUCUUGCGAGUAAAGUUGGACUUCAUAUAGGAGAUCAGUUAUUAGAGGUAUGUGGCAUAAAUUUGAGAAAGGCAACUUAUGAGCUAGCAGCAAAUGUUCUACGACAAUGUGGCAAUUCCAUUACAAUGCUUGUGUUGUAUAAUCCAGAAGUGUACAAUAACCUCACGACAAGCGAAGAUAACAUUGAUAGGUCCAGCUCACCAACUCCACAAAAUUCUCCUCGGACAAAUUCUCACAGAUCGACAUCUCUGAUGAGCCCAACAACAACAACAAUGAAUUCUCUCACGACAAUAGCAGGCAAAACAUUAGCGAAUAACGAAAACAAUCAAGCACUGAUGACUAAUUCAUCACAUUAUAAAGAGAAGCCACGUUUGAUAUUUAUUGAAACUCGCAAAAGUUCAAAUCUUGGAAUAAGUCUUGUAGGCGGGAACGCUAAUGGUAUAUUUGUUCAUGGGGUUCAGAAAGACUCAAUAGCAGAUAACGCCGGUUUACGAAUAGGAGACCAGAUUUUGGAGUUCAAUGGCGUUGAUUUGAGAAGAUCUACAGCAGAGCACGCUGCGUUAGAGAUUGCCAAACCUGCUGAUAGCGUGGCGGUCCUUCUGUUGUUCAAUAUCCAAAAAUUCAACCUGAUUAAAGACAAACCUGGUGAUGCGCUUUACAUAAGAGUAGGAUUCGACCGAAAUUGUGAUCUUGGAGAUUCGGAACUCUCAUUUAAUAAGGAGGAAGUAUUGUAUGUAGAUAAUACUAUGUUUGGAGGAGUACCAGGUCGAUGGCGCGCGUGGAAGCUGGAUGAAUAUGGACACAAAUUGCAAUGCGGAAUUAUUCCAAACAAAUUAAAAGUCGAAGAAGAACUUCGAAUGUUAGGUGAUUUACAGGAGGCAGAAACUACAGCAAGGAGAGGAUCUACUUCUGCACGUCGCUCGUUUUUCAAAAGGAUAAAACCUCAACGAAGCUCUUCAAGAGAUUCCAAAGAAUUGGCGAGUUUCAGCAACACGCAUUUGAGUAUAUACAUUGAUUCUAGUUCUUUAAAUGAUGAUGGACUUACGAGUUACCAACGUGUCGAAAGAUUGGAAUAUAAAUAUCGACCGAUAUUAAUAUUGGGACCACUAUCAGAGUGUGUGGUCGAAAAACUUUGCAUUGAUUUUCCUGAAAAUUUCCAACGUUGUCAACAAAAUCAGAUGCGUUGCACAAAAGAAGAUAUGGAAAAUGGAGUUCAGAAUAAUGCAAUUGCUGAUUAUCAUCACAGAAGAGGAAGUUUAUUCGAAUAUACAUCUAUUCAGACAAUUCUUGACAGCAAACAACAUCAUUGCAUCCUAGAUGUAUGCAUAUCAGCUGUUGAAAGACUUCAUCGUAAUCAAAUAUAUCCAAUUGUUUUACUGCUACGAUUUAAAUCGGCGAAACAAAUAAAAGAAAUUAAA